AUGGAAGCGACACAGUCCAGAUGCCUGUUUCUAUUCUUUCUCUUCACAUGCAAGCUGCCCCCAGAUGUUGCUGCAGAAAUUCAAGAAUCUCCAGGGGCUACCCAGGGACCCGUGCGGCUCACAGAUGUCCCAGCUGCCGUGGAAUUCAUUGCUGCUGCCGAGGUGGCUGUCAUAGGCUUCUUCCAGGAUUUAGAAAUACCAGCAGCGUCUGUAUUCCAUGGGGUGGUGCAAAAAUUCCAAGAUGUGUCCUUUGGAGUGAGCACUGAUUCUGAGGUCUUGGCCCACUACAACAUCACUGAGAACACCAUCUCCCUCUUUCGUCUGGUGGAUAACGAACAACUGAAUUUAGAGAGUGAAGACAUUGAAAGCAUUGAUGACACCAAAUUAAGCCGUUUCAUUGAGAUCAACAGUCUCCACUUUGUGACAGAGUACAACCCUGUGACUGUGAUUGGCCUAUUUAAUAGCAUGAUUCAGAUCCAUCUUCUCCUGAUGAUGAACAAGGCCUCGCCGGAGUAUGAAGAAAGCAUACACAGGUACCAGAAGGCAGCUAAGCUCUUCCAGGGGAAGAUUCUUUUUAUUCUGGUGGACAGUGGUAUGCAUGGAAAUGAGAAGGUGAUAUCAUUUUUCAAACUAAAGAAGUCUGAACUGCCUGCUUUGGCAAUUUACCGGACUCUAGAUGAGGAGUGGGAUACACUGCCCGUGGCAGAACUUUCAGUAGAGCUCGUGCAGAACUUUUGUGAUGGAUUCCUAAAUGGGAAAAGGCUGAGAGAAAAUCAUGAAUCAGAAGAAAAGUCUCAAAAGGUGGAACUCUGAUUUCUCCCUGAUACUUCUGCAUACCGCCAAGUGUCUACUUUAUGCUGAAGAAAAAGGGGCAACUCA